AUGUCCUCAGUAACGUUCCCUCAUUCAGUCUCUGCUCCACAAUCAUCACAUCAGGAUGUAUCGGAAAGUCAAUACUUCUCUUCCCAGUUUGAUGGCAGCUCAGGUUUCCAAAUGAAUCCGCUGUCAUCUCACCCACCCAGGACGCCACGGGUCUCUGUUGUCUCGUCGCAUGUGUAUAACUCAAGCGUAUAUGAGAAAGAUGAAGUCUCGUCAGACCUUGGCGCAGAAAGUAUUGACGAAGAGGAUGAUGAACGCAUGAAGGAAGCUGAGCGCCAGAUACGCCACGAGGAGGUAUGGAGAGAGAUUGUUCUUACCAGUAAUGGGAGAGACAAAGCAUUCAAAAUCAUUCAAUACUCAAUAAAAGUAUAUCUCCUGUUUCACACUUCGGUGACUGGCAGUCGACUGUUGCGCAAAUCAUCCAAACAACACUGGGAGCAGGAGCUCGUAAAGCGACUGACUGCGGCCGCAUCCGGUCUUUCAUUUUCACGGAAAUGCUUACUGCUAUUCAACUGGCUAACGCCUCUAACUACAAUAUUAGCACAGCAGUCAGUGCCUUUCUCCGACAGUGCAGCUUCGACGAAUUCACCAGUCCCACGGCCAUUUCUGCAUACGGUAUUGAAUGCUCCCCCUCCAGUAUUACUCGAGCUAGUAAAUGCCAUUUCUGAUGACCUGUAUACCCUUUCGUUAUUGGGAAUCCUUGGUAAAAGGUCCGGUGAUAGAGCAGCACGGUUAUCAGAUUGGUGUUGGUUUUUCGCAACUUUGGUUGGACUUGUAGAGAAUAGUGUGGAGAGACAGAUGAAUGGAAACCUGCAGCAUGAAGCACAAUCACGGCUUUAUAAGGAAUCACUUUCGGGAGCAACAGCGAAAUCAAAGCCGACUUCGACAAAAGUUGACGACAAAGAAUUAUUUCGUCUACAAAAGCAGGAUUAUUGGUUACAGCUCACGAGAACGAAACUCGUGAUGGAUCUCAUCUUCGUUUCAUAUGAUAUAUUCCGCUUCAAGAGAGCUAGAGACUCCGUAAAGGCUAUCAGCGGCUUGAUAGCAGCCAUUCUGAGCACCGCUAAAUUAUACGACCGCCACAAAGGUGCUCUCACAAAAGCUCUCGGAGUGACACUAUAA